AUGAUUAGAAUUUACAUAGUUGCAUUAUUAUUGUUUAAAAGUUGCAUAUAUAAUUGUCAUAUCGUAAGCUAUGGCAAUUAUACUCUAUACAUCACGAAACCAACGCGGUACCAUCAGUUGAAGUUUCUGCAAAAUUUGGAAACACAGAAAUAUAUGGAUGUGAUUUAUUGGAAGAAACCCGUUAAGUUGCACUAUGAAGUUCAUAUGUUGAUCAAUUCCGCCCAAACUGAAAUGUUCAUGGAACGAGCGAGGCAUUACAAUUUGAUUGUCAGAAAAAGCAUUAACGACAUUGAAAAUGCCUUCAAAAAUCAAACAGUACACAGAUAUGUCCGAUUGAGGGAGAAUUCUUUUGAUUGGAAUCACUACCAUACUCUAGAAGACAUUUAUCAAUGGCUCGCAGAUGUUGCUACUAAAUGUAAUAAAGAAUGCGAGCUUUUAACUAUUGGCAAAUCAGUAGAGGACAGAGAUAUAUACGCCAUGGUAUUUCAGAAAAACGUUAAAAGGAAGGUGAUCAUUGAAGCAGGCGUCCAUGGAAAUGAAUGGAUCGCUAUUGAAUUUGCCACAUAUUUGAUAGACCGAAUUGUAAAUAGAAAUAGUUCUGGAUUUAGCGCAAUGAAUAGUUUUAACUGGUACAUUGUACCGAUUGUAAAUCCUGAUGGUUUUGCUUACACUCAUUCAAAGGAUCGUUUAUGGAGAAAAAAUAGAAGACGAUUCGGAUCAGAGUAUGGUGUGGAUCUCAAUAGAAACUUUGACUAUAAUUUUAGAGCAUUUUCAUCAAGUAUAGACCCAAAAAACAACGAAUACUGCGGUCCAGAACCCUUUUCAGAACCCGAAACACAGGCUCUAAGAAAUUUCAUCAAACAGAACGCCAAAGGCCUCAAGUAUUAUUUUUCUUUUCAUGCCUAUGGUCAAGCUAUCAUUUUACCUUAUGCCGAUAGAGUGAAACAUAUUGAAGAUUAUACAGAAAUGGAAAAUUAUGGUAAACAAGCAAUUAUGAGGAUGUAUGAAGCGACUCAUAACAAGUAUAGUAUUGGCACCUUUUAUGAUACGAUGGGUACAAGAGUUUCAGGAGACAGUGCUAGCUGGGUGAAAAGAUCUUUGAGAGUCAAAUACGUGAUGACUUUCCUGUUGCGCGAUGACGGACAAUACGGUUAUGCUCUACCAUCAAAUCUGAUCCUGCCGACCUGCAAGGAAGCCCUCGUAGGUCUGGAGACGAUCAUGACGGCCCAAGCCAGAUACGUACCAACCAACUUGUUCAGUACUUGUUGUAGCGUGUGCGCAUUUAGAAUUUAUACUAUUUUAGUAUUGUGUUUUAUUUUGAAUAAAUUGUAA